AUGAGUUUCGGAAACGAAGAGGCAGACAAUUUCGCAGGUGACGGCUGUAAUUCAAGACAUAUGUUGGUUGCGCAUCUUCUGACAAGAUCAGGUGCCAACGAUGGCGUCGACCUUGUGACGAGCGCGUCCAGCGCGACCACGACUUCAAGCAACAUGAGUCGUUCUCGAGCCUUCUCGCUGUCCACUGCCACAAGCACCGAGAGUCUUCCACAUGCUCCACCUUCCGGACAGCUGGGGACCGUCGACAACGAGUCCAGCAAGAAGAAGCGCAAACUCCAAGACGGAGGUGCGGUCGAAGCACACGAAUCAAACACCGUCGCCGCCGAAAACGAAGCCUCCGAACACGACGCCCCCUCUGACGAACGCGGAUGGGAAGCGGCCCAUCGCCGCGUUGAGGCGAAGCUUCUGAAAGCCGAAGAGAAGCGUCUGGAAGAGCAGGCCCACAGGCUCGACUGGCAAAACAAGGCCAACGAAAAGGAUGUUACGGCACAUCAGAUCAAAGUCAAGCACAUGAACACUACGACACAUCUAAAGGCAGAGGCGACACGGAUGCAUGAAGUCACUGUUCAGAAGGAAGGAAUAAUUGUCGGCCUGCAGUAUAAGAUCACUCAGCGCGACCUCACCAUCAACGAGCUUGGCAAAGACAUACUUCUAAUGCGAUUGGAAAACUCUGAGCUCAAAGCUCAGAACAAAUACCUUGUAGAGCAUGCCUCCGCUCCGAUGCCGUGCCGCGACGCCUUGUGUGUUCCGCAUUUCGACCCCUCGGUCCACAGCCACGAGCGCUACCAGCAUCCGAACGCGCCCAAAAAGAAUGCUCUGUACAAGUACUUCCAACCAACUCGUACUUAUCGGCGCGGCACUGGAAAGGUUCGGCCCGGACGUUACGGAUCGGGUCUGAACUGA